AUGGCUUCCACGAGCACCAAGGUCGGCCACGGCUUGGCCAAAGCCCUUGGUAUCAAGCUUGACUACCGCAACGAGACGGGCGCUGCGAAGCUGACCCGCGGCGAGUCUGUCUUCUCGGUCGACAGCGCCGACAGCUACAUCGAGGACGAACCUUCCGCCAUCGACUGGGUGAAGGAGCAGGUCCCAACGGGACGACAGGUCUUCAACUACGUCCAUAAUCUGUUCCCCUUCACAAAAUGGAUCAUGCGAUACAACGUACAAUGGCUCAUUGGAGAUCUGGUCGCUGGUAUCACAGUAGGAGCUGUCGUUGUUCCUCAGAGUAUGGCAUACGCAAAGCUCGCCGAGUUGGAGCCCCAAUUCGGUCUCUACUCAUCGUUCAUGGGCGUUCUUAUCUACUGGUUCUUCGCUACCUCGAAAGAUAUCACGAUCGGCCCCGUGGCGGUCAUGUCUACGAUCACCGGCAACGUCGUUAACAAGGUCAAGGCGCAGGCUCCCGAAAUCCCACCUCACGUCGUGGCUUCUGCACUCGCCAUCAUCGCAGGCGCCAUCGUGUGCUUCAUCGGUCUCGUUCGUCUAGGCUGGCUUGUUGAGCUCAUUUCGCUACCGGCCAUCUCUGCUUUCAUGACUGGAUCCGCCAUCAACAUCGCAGUCGGCCAGGUCCCAAAUCUGAUGGGUCUCAGCUCCGUCAACAACCGCGACUCUACCUAUCUGGUCGUCAUCAACUCUUUGAAGCACCUCGGAGAGUCGAAGCUCGAUGCUGCCCUCGGUCUCACUUCUCUCACCAUGCUGUACCUCAUCAGGUUCAUCUUCAACUACCUCGCCAAGAAGCAGCCGAACCGCAGAAGGCUUUGGUUCUUCUGCAACACCUUGCGAACGGCAUUCGUGAUCCUGCUGUACACCCUCAUCAGCUGGCUUGUCAACUUGCACCUACCAAACCACAACGCCAAAAAGUCGCCCUUCAAGUUGUUGGGAACCGUGCCAAGAGGUUUCCAAAACGCUGCCGUUCCAACCGUCAACAGCGACAUCAUCAGCCUGUUCGCCAGCGAGCUGCCUGCUUCCGUCAUCGUCCUUCUUAUCGAGCACAUUUCCAUCUCCAAGUCCUUCGGCCGGGUGAACAACUACACGAUUGACCCAUCUCAGGAGUUGGUCGCCAUCGGCGUUACAAACCUCCUUGGACCCUUCUUGGGCGCUUACCCAGCGACUGGAUCCUUCUCUCGAACUGCCAUCAAAUCCAAGGCCGGUGUGCGUACUCCAUUUGCCGGUGUCAUUACUGCGAUUGUGGUGCUACUCGCAAUCUACGCACUCCCAGCGGUCUUUUUCUACAUUCCACAGGCUGCGCUCAGUGGUGUGAUCAUUCACGCAGUCGGUGAUUUGAUUACCCCUCCAAACACUGUCUACCAGUUCUGGCGAGUCUCACCAGUGGAAGUCAUCAUCUUCUUCGCCGGUGUCAUCGUCACCAUCUUCACAACUAUCGAGAUCGGUGUAUAUGUUACCAUCAGCACAUCAAUGGCGCUCUUCUUGUUCAGAGCGUUCAAGGCCCAGGGUCGCUUCCUCGGCCGUGUCAAGGUCCAUUCGGUCAUUGGUGACCACCUGCUCGAUGGCCAGGACAAGCCUGGAAACACGAGAUUGGGCGCCGAUAGCGACCCGGACAAGUCGACCAGGAACAUAUUCCUGCCAGUCGACCACCAGGACGGAUCAAACCCAUCCAUUCGCGCUCAGCACCCUUACCCUGGAAUCUUCAUCUACAGAUUCUCAGAGGGCUUCAACUAUCCAAACGCAAACCACUACCUUGACCACCUUGUCAGCACCGUCUUCAAAGAGACGAGACGCACCAACCCCCACAGCUUCCCACGACCAGGCGACAGGCCUUGGAACGACCCAGGCCCAAAGAAGGGUAAAGAAGUUGUGGUGGACAACAGACCAACGUUGAAAGCCAUCAUCCUCGAUUUCUCAUCCGUUAACAACGUGGAUCUUACAUCAGUCCAGAAUCUGAUUGACGUGCGCAACCAGCUCGAUAGAUACACCGCGCCUGAGCGAGUCCAAUGGCACAUCGCUUGCAUUAACAAUCGCUGGACGAAACGUGCCUUGGUCUCAGCUGGAUUCGGAUUCCCAGCCACUGAAGACAACGAGUUCUCACGAUGGAAGCCGAUCUUCAGUGUCGCUGAGAUGGGUGGCUCUCUGAGCGCCGCGGCCCAGGCAGAGGCAGACGAGAACAAGGAGCUGAGAGCGUACCUGCCGAAGGAUAUCGAGCACGGUCAAAGAGAGGUCGACAGCAUUAACAUCUCGGACAGCGGAUCUUCUGCCGACGUCAACACACACCUGAAGAAGCAUCGUGCAAACGGCAAAGUCACGGUCGUGCACGGCCUGAACCGACCUUUCUUCCACAUCGACCUGACCAGCGCGCUGCAGAGCGCAAUCCACAACUUGGAGGCUCACGCCGGAAAACACCAAUUCCAAGAGGAUGGCGUGGAGAUGACAGCGGUAGAGCAUGACGCACCCAUUAAGGGCAGCUCUUCAUGA